AUGGGAACAAUUAUUCUGAUUAAUGUUUUCUUGAAGAUUAUGAGAACUGUGGCCUUAACAGUCAAAAGCUCUGAGACGAUAAAAGAUCUUAAAGCACUGUUAUGUGGGAAGUAUGGAUUUGCUGAAAAUCAUCAGGAGCUCUUCUUGGGUGGUGAUAUGCUCAUGGACUACCAAAGUCUAGUUGUUGACUGUGGAGUUCAGAGGGAAUCAACUGUUCAUCUUGUUCUCCAGAAUACUGUCGGAAUCAAAUUAUUUGUCAAAUCACCAUCAAGUCAGGGCACCAUUGAGAUUGAAGCAAAAGCUCAUGAUACCAUCCGAAACAUCAAGGCCAUGAUUCAGGCCAAGGAGAUGAUUCCAUCGGAUCAGUUCACUCUUGUCUAUGGUGGAGAAUUGCUUGAAGAGGACAGCACACUGGCCUCAUUAGGUAUCAAGAGCGAGUCAACCCUGCAAAUGAUUUAUGCUCCUCAAGAUACCCUUUCAAUAUCUGUGAAAGCACCAUCAAGAGAGACUGUGAAACUCAAGGUUAGAGCCUUGUUCACUGUCAAUGAUGUCAAAAAUAUAGUUGGGAACACUAUAGGUGUCUCAGUCAGUUAUCAGAGUCUGAUCUAUGCCGGAAAACAGCUUGAAGAUCUCAAGACAUUGGCUUUUUAUGACAUCAAAGAUGAAUAUGUAUCGGAGAUGUCACCUCGUUUGUUUCAGAUAUUUGUUAAAGUUUUUAAUGGGAGGAGAACCCUAACUAUCGAUGUGAAGCAGUCUGAUGUUGUCGAAGAUGUGAAGGUCAAGGCUUUUGUUUGGUGGGAAACAUCUUCGUCAUGGGCGGGAUCUAGCAAGCUACAACAUACAGAAGGACGCCACCCUUAG